GAGCUCAGUCACUAUCUUCCCACCGAGCCAGCUCAGCCAGGCGGGCCAGGGAGGGAGUAGGACAAAUUCUGGGAGUGCAGCGGGGAGGAGUCCUGGCCGGGCUGAGCUCAGGGAGCUGCUUGGCAGUGCCAGAGCCCAGGCCCCAGAGCCCUGCUGAGAGGAGGUGCACUGAGGAGGCAGGAGCAGUUGCUGCCCAGGCCCCGCGGGAGGUGAGCCAGUGCCAUGGCUGAAGGCUACACGGAGCUGGAGAAGGCGGUGGUGGUCCUGGUGGAAAAUUUCUACAAAUAUGUGUCCAAGCACAGCCUGGUCAAGAACAAGAUCAGCAAGAGCAGUUUCCGCAAGAUGCUGCAGAAGGAGCUCAACCAUAUGCUGACGGAUACAGGGAACCGGAAGGCAGCAGACAAACUCAUCCAGAACCUGGACGCCAACCACGACGGGCGCAUCAGCUUCGACGAGUACUGGACCUUGAUAGGCGGCAUCACGGGUCCCAUCGCCAACCUCAUCCGCCAACAGGAGCAGCAGUGCAGCAGCUAGAGGAGCUCGGCCUGCCCCAGCCUCCUGCGAGCCCUGCCCUGUCCGUC